AUGGGCGACCAAGCAACUUUCUCUAACCCUUCCGAUGCCACUUUCGAGAAGGGGAAGUCCAAGGAUGUUGCUCAGGACUUGAGCAUUGACGAUGACAGCUCCUCUGAGAGCGAGAACGAAAUGGCCGAUAAUGAUGAGGAGGACGAUGGACAGGAUAACCUCGAGCCUAUCGACACCAGCAACAUCAUCCAGGGUGGCCGUCGCACUCGUGGCAAGGCCGUCGACUACGCCGAAGCUGCCCAGGGCCUCGAUGACAUGGAUGAUGAUGAAGACGAUGAAGAGUACGAGUCUCGCGAUGACAACAAUGAUGACGACCAGAUGCGCGACUAA